GCUCGGAGUUGCGUCGAUCAGCUGAUUUGCAGAAUACAGCUGAUCAUUGACAUUUUGUAAUUGUUGCGAGUCGAGAAUUUAUAUUAUGGAUUUCGGAAUUGUCUCGUCAAUGUCAAACGAGACAGCCAGUACUUGAUAAUCACGGUAGUGACGUUUCUCACGAAAAUAUUAUCGAGGGCUGAAAGUUACAAUGCAAACGGAGACGAAGCGCGAGAAGCAUAAUUAAAGUCGGCAGACUCAGUCUUCUUUUGAUAUUCAUUUUAUAUUUUUUAAUUACAUCUACAUAUUUAUGUAAUUUAUAUCGCAAUUCCGAGAUCGAAGGUGUUCCAGUUACAAGCGCUGGCCGUGCGAAUUUGUGAAGAGUCUGUCAAGGUAAUUGUAUCAGAAGCGUGAAGAAUUCAUCAAGUGCGGAUGUUAAAAUCUCUGAAAAUUUCUGACGAAACUAACCAGAUUAAUAGGUUGGAGAUUUGAGAAAGAAUCAGAAAGCAAAUUGUCACUAGCCGUGCUAUCUCCGAGUGAGAGAGGUCUGGUUGUGCGAAUUUAUGAGAAAUUUGACAGACGUGCUCUCGUAGUUUCUUCCCAAACUGACUCAUGACAUAUUUACGACUCGAUCUCAUGCCUAAACUCCAGUGGCGGAGGUUCCUCGCCCGGGCAAACGUUCUCGCGUUCCUGUUCGUGGUAGUCUUUGUCUUCCUGUGCGUGCGCUACCUGCCCGAGCGGGAAUGUCAAUCGGACCGACAGACUCCUGGGAGCAAGCUCAAGCACCGACUGAUUGCCCUGAUCCUAAGCAACCCGGACAACCUGGAGCGCCGUAACACCAUCAGGAAGACAUGGCUGGCCGAGCACGAUGCCACAGUGAAGCAUUUCUUUGUCAUCGGCACCCAGGACAUCCUACCCGAGCAGAGGAAUACUUUGCAAUCAGAGAAACAGAAGUUCGAUGAUUUGCUACUGUUGCCUAGGCUGCAGGAUUCUUACGGCACGCUGACGAAAAAGGUUCUCCACACUCUGAAAGCCGUUCACGAGCAUUACGACUUUGACUACCUGCUGAAAUGCGACGACGACUCGUACGUGCUGGUGCAUAGGAUCCUGAAAGAGCUCGACAAGUGGCAGAGCAAGGGCACUAAGCGAGAACUCUAUUGGGGCUUCUUCAAUGGACGAGCACAAGUGAAGAGGAACGGUCCCUGGAAGGAAACCGAUUGGAUCCUGUGUGAUUACUAUCUUCCUUAUGCCGUAGGUGGCGGAUACGUUCUGUCUUACAAUCUCGUCGAGUUCAUUGCUAAGAAUGCAGACAUCCUUAAAUUACACAAUUCCGAAGAUGUCUCCGUCGGUCUGUGGCUUGCACCGUUGGCGAACAUUGAGAGGAAGCACGACGUACGCUUCGAUACGGAAUACAGAUCACGUGGUUGUUCCAAUCAAUACAUAAUUACGCACAAACUUACGGUCCAGAAUAUGCUGAGUAUGCACGAUUAUUACCAGGCCUCCUUAGGCGCACUGUGUCCUAAAGAAUUUAGGAAUCGCAUGAGUUAUCAGUAUAAUUGGACCGUACCACCCAGUCAGUGCUGCAACAGACAAUCCGGUAUCCCUUAAUGCGACAGGGAGAUUUCUGCAACGUUCUAGUCGCAUUUUUUAAUACUUGCUCAGAAAACAUGUUUAUCUCACAUACAUUUGUAACAGCUUCUACAAUAUUUAUAAAUCUUUUAUUUAUGUUUUGACUUAUGUCUUCAUUAAGAUAUAUUGAUACCAAAUACUAUAAAAAUGUAGCCGUUUUUAAGAAUAAGCAAUUCAAACAGUAUUAUUGAAGAAAGUUGCGAAAAUUUAUAGCGAACAAACUUCGCGACAUUUCGUCGAAAGAACUUCAAAUUUGGAUUUUAUUCAUUACUCGAGCAUAAUUGUACGAUACAGCGCUAUUAAAUAAUUAAUUGAAAACGUUUGUAAAUAUAUUUUGUAAAUAUUUAGCAAUGAAA